AUGCUAUCCCCUCUGGCGUCUUCCCAACUCCGUCUCUACUCCAGCACAUCCAAAACGGACUCACCAACCCCCCAAUCCCUCUCUCUGCCAACGACCUCAGACACCGACCUCCCACACCUCACCCCUUCCAAAACAGUCCACAUGACCCAAAUCACCUCGAAACCCGAGUCCGAGCGUGUCGCAACAGCAGCAUGCACAGUCUCCUUCUCUAACGCACGGCCCUUCUCCAUCCUCCGCAAAGGCCAAACCCACAAAGGCGACGUUUUCAGCGUAGCCCGCAUAGCAGGCAUUAUGGCCGCAAAAAAGACACCGGACAUCAUCCCGCUCUGCCACCCUGGUAUUGGCAUUACGGGUGUCGAGGUGAGUGUGGAGUUAGCCGAGCCUAAGAGUGAGAAUGAAAAUGAUCAUGGCGCCAUGCAUGUUGUUGCGUCUGUUAGUUGUUUUGGUCGCACGGGGGUCGAGAUGGAGGCCAUGACUGCUACUGUUGGUGCUGCUUUGACGGUUUAUGAUAUGCUCAAGGCUGUUGAUAAAGGGAUGGUGAUUGAGGCUGUUAGGUUGUUGGAAAAGAAGGGGGGGGAAGAGUGGGCAUUGGCUUAG